GGCACUGGCAAAACAACGGUCAUAGCGGCCAGUGUCAACAGUAUGAUCAACACUGGCCCUAUGGAGCGUACGAUUUGGCUUGUGGCACACUCCAACGUUGCCGUCAAGAAUAUUGCAGAAAAGCUUGACAAGGUUGGUUUCCGUGAGUUUAAGCUUCUUGUAUCGAAAGAUUUCCAUUACGACUGGCAUAAACACCUCUACGAGAGACUGGAACAUUGUUUUAUACGAUCCGACAUGUUCGGUGGCAGGGCUGUUACCGCUAGCCAGCACUUGCUCGACAAACACACAAACAAACCUACAAGAGUCGUACUUUGCACGUUGAGUAUGCUGUCCAAUCCUCGUAUCGAUGAUUUUACUCGUCAAGUCCCGGUUCACACCGUGAUAUUCGACGAGGCAAGUCAAAUCGAAGUGGGAGAAUACCUGCCGCUGCUUCAGCGUUUCCAGCACAGCCUCAAAAAAAUGGUGUUCAUCGGUGACGACAAGCAACUGGCGCCAUUCGGCCAAGAUGACAUUGGGCAGCUACGAAGUAUUUUUGAGUUCCCGCACCUUCGAGAGCAGGCACACUUUUUGGAUACCCAGUACCGCAUGCCGCUCGUUAUUGGCAGCUUCAUUUCCCGCCAUGUAUACGAUCAGAAGUUGAUGACCGUGCACGACAUCACUAACAAGGCAGCAUGUCGUUUCUUGGAUGUCAAAAAGGGCAAGGAGGAGAAAUCGGGAAAGAGCUGGGCAAACCAACAAGAGACGUCCAUGGUUAUCCACCUCGCCCGUAUAUAUCACAAGCAGGGCAAGCAGUUCAGGAUCAUCACUCCGUAUGAUGGUCAGAGGUCUGUCAUAGAAAAGCAGCUUCAAUCAGCGAAGCUUCCAUGGGAAGACAAGUGCUUCAACGUGGACUCCUUCCAAGGAAACGAGGAAGACCAUAUAAUCGUCUCUCUAGUCCGCACCCAGGGUGUAGGGUUCUUGACGAACAUGCGCAGGAUGAACGUCAUGCUGACACGAUGCAAAAUGAGCAUGAUCAUUUGCACGAACCGUGAUUUCGUGACGAAGGGUAAAGCAGCAGACACGCUAGUCGGGCAGCUUGCCCUUACCGUGGACCCUGAUGCCUGGUUGGACAGUCAUGAUAUAGUCAAUGGUAUCUUAAGGUGAUUUGGACUAUUUACCUCGCACUUCUUGGUUGGGUUUUGCAACUUUCUUGUC